GAUCAUUCGCGGAAGUCCCAUGCCGAAGCCUUUGUUUGUCGUCUGCUACGCUACUGCGUUGCCGCCAAAGCCAAACAAACCUGCAUUUAUAAAGAUUUUCUCCCAAGGGAAAGUUUUCAUAAGUGCUCAAGAUAUGGAACAAUAGGGACCUAUAUUCUAAGAUAUUCUGCUCGCCAAAAAACAACAUGAAAUCUUUCAUCACCUGUUCGUGUGUUGCCAUGGUGAUACUGGUCAGUUAUGUCCAGUCAUUCCCAUCUGACCACAUGGAAAUCAAGGACGCCGGCUUAGACAUGAGGGCGGCCAACUUCGUAGAGGAAUCAACGACGACGGACUCGUCAGUCUAUGUGAAACGUCGACGAUUUAACUGCACAGACUCUCACAGGCCCCACGAGAACGACACCAACAAAUUCCAGGUGUUCCACAACAACGUCUGGUGGGACCAGGUGUGUCAGACCGGCCUCAUCUGGAACCAGACCCUUUGCAGGUGCGAGUACUCGUCUGGUCUGAAGAAGAUGCCCAAGUGCCCCGACUACAGGGCCCACAGCAACGAUACCAGCAAGUACGAACAGUUGGUCAACAGCAAGUGGAUCAUCCGGGAAUGCAAUCUGGCUGUGACCGGUUUACUCUGGAACCAGACCGCCUGCAGAUGUGUGUGGGGCCCGGAUGGAGAAAAGGACUUCCUGUCACGUCAAAGGGCCACACCAUGCGACACGAUGUUUAAUGUAACAUUUGACAACGGCAUCGUUGAUAACGCCAAAAGCUCAUAUAUCGAGUUGUCACCAAGUGCAAAGAUAUCCCUUCGCGAGUCCACCCAAAAGGGAAAUAAGUACGCAUAUUUGGAGGAUGGAUAUAUGAACGUGUGGUACUUCGCCGGAAAUGAACUCAGCGAAUCCCUACGCGUUGAAUUCAGCUUCAAAGCAGAAGAUAAUCCAACAACACGUGACAAAUACCAGAUUAUCUUGUCCAAUGGCUGCAACGUGACAGCCCUUGGUUACACAACCCCGUCUCUUGCUAUUGGCUACAGGGCAGCGGAUGAAUCCUUCCUUCUCGCCUUCGAGACAGUCAACGUGCGGAAAGCCAUUGUCUGCACACGUGAGCUGCAGUCACCAUAUGACUGGCACCGGGUGUCCCUCAUCUACGAAGACGGAACGCUGCUACUGAGGGUGGACAACCAGCCAUGCAUCAUUUCAGAAGACUUCACUGGUCCCGUGCAGAAGACGUCUUGCCCGCUUACCGUGGGUACUGAUCCUUUGGAGAAGGAGACGAAAUACAGAGGUUACCUUGACGAUGUCCUGGUGGCAAGAUAUUGUAGACGAUUUGUGGAACAAGUACCACUUGAUGACUUUGAUCUCCAUGACUACAACGAAGAAGAGACAGAUGCCACAGAGAACUUGAUUGACACUUUCUCCAACAUCGAUGUUGGCUUCAAAGCAUUGCUUUAAAACCACGAAUACCUACCAAAAAGAUAUUGACUGGUGUGUGCACGGGGUGUAUUUCACUUCAAAAAGUGGGACUUUUGCAAGUAUGUUCCCCGACUAGUUGUAGUCUCGAGGACAUCUCGCGAGAUUUCCUACAACGUGACUUCCGCCAAAGCCAAGUCGAGGCCGUGCGUGGCUUCGUGUAGCAUGGCUAGUGUGUGUUUCAUGGGCACCGAUGUGUUUUCUUUAUUUAUUGUCGUCGGAUGUGGAACAUGUACUUUUAUAAUAUAUAUUGGUCUUUUUAUGUAUUUUCUGGAAUAAACUUGUAAAAAAAA